ACAACCAGACUCAGGUUCGCUCUAAUUAAUAUCGCUUUAAUAAAACAGAAAAACCUGCCGGUUCCUCAUCCUCUCCUAUACAAUGGGAACUCGUCUGUCGGCCGUCGGGCAUCGGACUGUUCAGGUCCUUUGACUUGAAGAUUAGAGUCUAAAACCCUAUACCGACUCCGUACCAAAACCAAAUUAAAGCCAGGCCAUCCUCUGAGCAUGUGUCUUUUUCCUUGUUCUAUUUAUAUGGCCUUUCUAUUGUAAUCUUUUUCUCCCCAUUAACCUUUUUUCUCUCCAAUUCAUCAUCUUCUUCUGUUUUCAUUCCGGUCUUCUUUUCGUUUUGCACUUUACCUUUUCUCUUUGCUAGAAAUCUUCAUCUUCUUGCUGUUAUUUCGUUCUUGAUCAAGUCCCAUGGCGGUUUUACCUUCAAGCUCGUCUAGCUUGGAAUUGACCAUAUCUAUGCCUGGCUUCACUUCAACGCAGUCUCUUGCUUCAUCUGAGGGUUGUGCAGUGAGGGACUUGGACAUAAACCAAGUACCAUCAGGAGGAGCAUAUCUAGAAGAAGAAUGGCUGACAUUGAAUAUGGAAGAUGAUGAUCAAGAUCAAAGUAGCAACGGAGGCCCUCCCCAAAAAAAACUCCGUCUCACCAACGAACAGUCCCGCCUCCUUGAAGAAAGCUUCAGACAAAACCAUACUUUAAACCCGAAGCAGAAAGAGGGUUUGGCUAUGCAGUUGAAGCUGAGGCCACGUCAAGUUGAGGUGUGGUUUCAGAAUCGUAGGGCCAGGAGCAAGCUGAAGCAGACAGAGAUGGAAUGCGAGUAUUUGAAGAGAUGGUUUGGAUCACUGACCGAACAAAACCGAAGACUCCAUAGAGAGGUGGAGGAGCUACGGGCAUUGAAAGUUGGCCCGCCCACCGUCAUCUCCCCCCACAUGAGUUCGAAGCCCCUCCUAGCAUCCACUCUCACCAUGUGUCCCCGUUGUGAGCGUGUGACCACCACCUCCAUGAUCAACAAGAGUCCCACCAAGAACGUCAUCAUGGCCACCAGUACCUCCGCCCCCACGUUGUCCACUAAAGUGGUACUGGUGCCACCUAUUCAACCUCGACAUUAAUCUUCGGCAGGUUGUUAAUUAGGAAGGCACAACUAUUAAUUAUAUCCUAGCUAUCAUAAUUAAUUAAUGACCCACUUAAGAUGAUAUAGAAUUCUAACAGAUUUAACAUAUGUUCAUAGAAAAAAAAAUGUCAUUCAGUGAUUAAUUAACUAGAUUAUUCGGAUGAUGUUGUUUAUUAGUAUCAAUUAAUCUAUGUAGAUACUUAAUUCUA